AUGAUUCGGAAAUCAAUCAGCACCACGCUGAGAUUAACUGCCGAUAUAUGGUUGCGGGAAGGAGGUGUCCAGCAGCUCUAUCCUGCUUCGGCUUUGCGCAUAGUGGACCACCAUUUGCAUGCCAGUGGCAUCAUUGAACACUCCAAGGAAAGUUUAGAUAGACUCUACGAUCAUGAUUGGUUUUGUGUCAGCCAAGCCGUCACUUGCUUUGACGUGGAGGAUUUGUUGGUCAAGUCAUUGGAUGACCAGGAUUUCGCGUCACACUCGUUCAUUUUUGUCAUGGGCGUCGGGUCAUCCUCAAUCCAAUUUGGCAAUGUAAUCACCCUCAACGACGAGGUUUUGGCCACCACCCGUCGGAUUUUUUGUCGGAAGGAGCCUUCCGGAAAAUCGGCGCCGUUCACAGACGAAGAGAAAUCUCGAUUUUUGGAAUCCCAGCCACCAGAACUCUUGUAUUCAAUGCCCGAAGUCGAAAAGUUUGGUUCUUUCCUUCCCGGUUCCGAGGAAAACCUUACUCCCGUCUUAACGGUCAAUGUCGGUCCGCAACAUGUGAAUAUGGGGAAUCAUGCAGACCACGCUUUCUUGGUGGAAACUGCAAUCCAUGCCAUGUCCCUGGCCGACAAGGACAUAUCCUCAGUGGCGGUGAACUAUGUAUCUGAAGCCAAAUUGGGCCAUACACUGGAAUGUCUCUUUCAUUCUGAUACAUUAUAUAUCACUCGAACAUUGUCCACAGGGAGAAAGGUAUUGGUUAUGGUAGCAAGAAGUGCGAGACUUCACGCUGAAUGA